AUGGCCUCACAGACAUUUUCACAAACACCUGUUCUUGUCAUAAGCAUGGCGACUCGCAAGCCGGGCAUGUCAUUGGCAGAAUUUAAAAGGCUCUACGAAACCAAACACGCACCGCUGGUGACGUCGCUCAUCGCCCGGAGCGCUGAAAACCCCGCGGAGAUCCAGCCUCUGACCUAUACGCGCUGCUACGUCGACGACACGGUAUACCCUGGGGCGCCCCCGGUCGGCGUCCCGCGGAGCGACUAUGACUGCGUGUCGUUUCUCACAUUCAGGAGCGUGCAGCACCGAGACGAGUAUUUCAAGGAGCAGUCUAAGCAUACGGCUGCUAUUACCGAGGACGCAAAGGCGAUGGCGGACGUGGAGAAGAUCUUGUUUGUAACUGGGCAGGCCUUUGACUCGAGGGUUUUGGAUGUGUUGGAAUAG